AGCUGCGGCCGAGCCACUGCCGAAGGCAAACCCGAGCGCGGCCAUCCCGGACCCCGCGCCGCCGGCCUCUGGCCCGCGGACGGCGGGCAUGCUGGCAUGGCAGGACGGCGGGGCCAAAGCGGCUCCUUCCCACCACAAGAUCUCCUUCUCGGUCCUGGACAUCCUGGACCCGCAGAAAUUCACCCGCGCUGCGCUCCCGGCCGUGCGCCCUGCUCCCCGGGAAGCCAAGAAAAGUUUGGCAGAGGCCGAAGCGGGGAAGGACGCCAGCCCGGGGGACCAGGCCUGGCAGCGGGAGACCCCUGAUGCUGCUGCGUCCCCCCUGGAGGGCUCGGAGGCAGAGGAGGCGGAGGAGGAGGAGGAGGAGGCGGAGGACGCGGGGCGGCGGCGGCGGCGGGAGAGGGCUGCGUGCCUGCAGACAGGCUUGGCGCGCUCCCCCGAAGCCCCGGCAGCGGCGUUGGCGGCGGGGGAGCAUGGUGCGGGAGGCCUCGCUGGCUCCCCGGGCUCGCCCGGCUCCCCGCGGCCCCGGCGCCGGCGUGCGGAGCCCAGCUGCGCCAAGCCGCGGCGUGCGCGCACCGCCUUCACCUACGAGCAGCUGGUGGCCCUGGAGAACAAGUUCCGGGCCACGCGCUACCUGUCGGUGUGCGAGCGCCUGAACCUCGCGCUGUCGCUCAGCCUCACUGAGACGCAGGUCAAAAUUUGGUUCCAGAACCGCAGGACCAAGUGGAAGAAGCAGAACCCCGGCGCCGACGGGGCGGCGCCGGCAGGGGGCGGCGCGCCCCAACCCGGGGUGGCGGCGGGGUCGGGCGCCGGGGGCAGCCCUGGUCCGCCGGGCCCCGGCGCUGUGCCCUUCCAGACUUUCCCCUCCUACUCCGGGGCCAACGUCCUCUUCCCAGCCGCCGCCUCCUUCCCACUGACGGCCGCCGCCGCCGGGGGCCCCUUUGCGCCCUUCCUCGGGCCCUCCUACCUGACCCCUUUCUACGCCCCGCACCUGUGAACCCGAAGCCUCCCUGGGUCCCGUUUCAUCGCGACUCACGCAUGAUUGCUGUCGUCGUGAGGUCCCCACUCCACCGAGGGGCGCCCACGCGCAGGGUCCGCCCCCUCCUGGUGCGCGGGUGUCUGCGCGCCCCUUCCCCUCCAGCUGCCGGGAGGCGCCGCCAGAGGGCAGGGAGAAGCUGCCUGCCGACUCCCAGCCGCGCUCCUUCCCGCCGCGCCGACCCCCUAAAUCCACGCGGUCCACAAAGCGGGUCAAGGAUCUGUCAUCUUUCAAAGUGUCCUGAGAUGGAGGCUGUCCUCAAAUCUUCCCGUUUCUGGACCUUGCUUCUCACUUUCGGGCAGACUGACUUCUGUUCAAGGGCUUUUGUUGAGGGUCUGCGUGUUCCGCGCGGGGCUAACAAAGCUGCGAGGACGGAGAAGCCAGGGACCCCAGGCCCGUGCCGCUCUGCUCACACCUAGUAUGGAAUCUUCAAAGGUUUUCGCUCACUGGGAGGGUAAGGAGCUUUCCCUUUUCAUAGCUGAUUGUUUCCCUUUUCAUACUUGAUUACUGGCCCAAACCCAGCUAUCCCUCCCAAAUACUGAACAAAGCUGGAGAGGGCUGGGUCCACGAGCACACACUGCCGCUGUGAAAUGGACUAUUUUUUAAAUGCAUAAAACUCUGCAUUUUUAGAUGUUCAUUUAAGAUUCGGACUUGAGCUGAAUUUGUUCCAAAAAGGCUCUCCAUAGGCUAUUCCUGAGAGAAUGGUACCUUAUUUUCUAAGAAGACCAGAAGUUUGUGCUAGGAAAUGUAACUGCUCUGUAGCCAGACUUACCUGCUGGAGUAGACACAGUUCUGCUGCGCUGCGAGUUUUCAGAGCAUCUUUGACAAGCCACCGCCAUGGCCCCAAAUGCAUUAAAAAAUGAUAAUGAAGGGACCAGUGGCUCAACUGAAAUCUUCAAGUCUAUGCAUGAGACUGCCCAUUUUGAUUUGCAGUAUUUACUACUUUAAAACUUCCGUCCCAGCCCUUCCUAGGCUGCAAAUAGUGCACAAAGCUGGGGGAGAGUUAGCGCCUGCAGCACACAUUGCCGUCAUGAAUUGGGCUGUUUUAAGAUUCUGGCUUGAAAGCAAUUCUUCUUCCAAACAGACUCCGUGAUGGCAUGAUGAACAAGCAAAAAGUUGUAACAGGCUGUGAAAUAAAUACUUUGAGUGUAAAGAGCUACCGUGGAAGCAAAAAGCACAUUCAUGGUGAAUUCAACUGCAGGAACGUGAUAUGUGGGCAUGCAUUCUCACUGCUACUUUAUCUCCCUUAAAAAUUAGUUCUUCUGCAAAGUUCUCUUGCCAGCUUUGGUUGGAAUACUCUUCCCUUAGUUGUCUAUGUAGUAUGGUUUGUAAGCCCAUAUGUCAGAAACCCAGAUGUCCCCGACUAGGUCAUGUAUGUUUCGUUCUCACCUUUCUUUGAUUACCUGAGGCCUGCUGAUAUCUAUAUGGGUACCAUAUUCCUUGCUAUUUCUUGAUAGCCUAUGCCAUUAAUAAUUGUAUUUAAUGAUCAAUGGCUUUAUAUAAAGGAAAAGCACACUGGUAUUAUGAACACAUGAUAUUAUUAUAAUCUUGAAAUAUUUAGAUCUAUUACUAUCAGGAAUGAAAGAAAAUAUCCUCCCUUUCUCCCAAAUUAAAUGGAGACUUCAUAUUCAUGUGGCUCUCACAAGAUCUGAGAACAUGUAUUAUUUGUAUUAUUUACUAAACUCUUUGUCUUCUAUUCUAAAGAAGAAAAGUGUCCCCAAACAACACACUGUAACUUUCUAAAAGACAAUUGAUGCCAGAUGAGAUUAAAAAUGCCAUUAAAAAUCUAGUAGAGAAUAUUGUUUUAUUCACUUUACAUGUUGCUAAACACCCCCUCUGUAACCAUUUGUUGGUUUCUCAAAAGCAACACAUUCCCUGUGUUGUGAACAGACAAUUCAAGGGCACAGAGGCAAGAUCUGUAACAAAGAAGCUGAAUUUCUGUAAGAUGUGGGAAACAUUUCAUUCCUCUCUGGUACCCGAAUCACAGAAGACUCCAGUUGAAGAGAGGGACAAGGCAGGGAGGCGGGAGGCUAUUGCGUCUGUGGACCAGCAUGGAGGGCUGUCGUUCCCAACUUUUCUCAUUUCUACAAAUUGUAACACAGCUCAAAGUGGGUGACUUUGGACUUCUGCUGCUUUAAAAGGCCCAGUGGCUUUCCAACCAAAUCCUUAGACUCAAUCUAUUGAUGUGUUUGUCUAAUAAAUUCGUUUUGUAAUGA